AUGGCUCACGCUGAAGAUGCUCCUACUGACUCGCCUCCCUCCGAAUACACGCCGCGAGCAGUGCAGACCCUCCUGGGCUCAUUUUGCGGCAUGUUCUGCACUGUUGGCUUCGUGAACUCCUUCGGCCUAUUCCUAGAGUACUACAAAAAGGACCAACUAUCAGACCAACCCGAAUCGACCAUCGCAUGGAUAGCAGCCAUCGACAUCUUCUUCAUUUUUGGUGUAUCUGUCGUAUCCGGGCCUCUCCUGGACACGAUCGGCCCACGACUCCUCCUCUGCAUCGGCUCCCUCGGCUCCGUCUUCUCAAUCAUGAUGACCUCCCUCUGCAAAGAACUCUACCAAUUCAUCCUCGCGCAAGGCAUCCUCCUCGGCAUCUCCCUAUCCCUUCUCACCUGUCCCAUGAUCGCCCUCGUCGGCCAACACAUCAAGAUCAAGCGCGGCGCAGCAGUCGGCAUCGUCAUCGGAGGAUCCUCUCUCGGUGGCGUCCUCUGGCCGAUCAUCGUCAACGAACUGCUACAGAAACCUAACAUCGGGUUCGGAUGGACCAUGCGCAUCGUCGGGUUUAUUAUGUUGCCGCUGCUUACAGUGACUUGUUUUUGUUGUCAGCCUGCUGCACCACCGCCAUCACCAUCACCAUCCCAAUAUCAGCCAGAACCACAAUCAGAGAAAUCCUCACCCGAACCCCAAUCCCCGGAUCCCACUAAAGAUACAGAAACCCCCCUCCUCCAAAACCGCACCCUCCACCUAACCUGCCUCUCUUUCUUCAUCAUCUACUUCGGCAUGUUCUCGCCCUUUUUCUACGUCUCUAGCUACGGGGUAGCGCGGGGCUUUUCCUCCUCCUUGUCGUUCUACACCAUAUCCAUGCUGAACGGCGCAUCCCUCUUCGGGAGGGUCAUUCCCGGUAUACUAGCGGAUAAAUACGGACGGUUUAACGUCUGUAUCGUCUUUACGAUUCUCGCGGGGAUAGUUGCCCUCUGUUGGACGAAGGCGACGAGUGUGGCGGGGCUGGUGGUGUUUUCGAUAGCGUAUGGGUUUUCUUCUGGUUGUGGGUCUGGGAUAGGCUAUUCUCUCUCUCCAGCAAGCGUGCGCGUUGCAGUUGGCGACGCCGAAGACGGUGGGGUUGGCGGUGGGGGUUGUUAUGGGGGCUACGGCUUUGAGUGCUAUGGCUGGGAUACCUAUUUCCGGGGCGCUGGUGCAGAAGUAUGGGUUUCUGGCGCUGUCGAUAUACGCGGGGGUGAGUCUGCUCGUGGGUGGGUUGUUGUUAUCUGUCGAUAUUGUAUUAGUGCUAGAUAA